AUGGAAGGUUUAGAAGAUGCUUCAGCAAUUGUAGAACCUCCUGACCCAGACAUUCUUGAAAUCGACCCAACUUGUCGAUAUAUUCGGUACAAAGAAGUGAUAGGAAAAGGCGCAUUCAAGACAGUAUAUAAAGGAUUCGAUGAAGUAGAUGGGAUUGAAGUUGCGUGGAACCAAGUAAAGAUCGAUGAGCUUUUGCAAUCACCAGACUGCCUAGAGAGGCUAUAUUCAGAAGUGCGGCUUCUGAAAUCAUUGAAGCACCACAACAUUCUAAGGUUUUACAACUCGUGGAUCGAUGACAAGAACAAAACCGUUAACAUAAUCACCGAACUGUUCACUUCAGGAAGUCUCCGCCAGUACCGUAAGAAACAUAGAAAAGUGAACAUGAAGGCUGUGAAAUGUUGGGCGAGACAGAUUCUAACGGGGUUGAAAUAUCUUCACAGUCAAGAACCGCCGAUAAUUCACCGAGACAUUAAAUGCGAUAACAUUUUCAUCAACGGUAAUCAUGGAGAGGUGAAGAUAGGAGAUCUUGGUUUAGCUACUGUCAUGGAGCAAGCUAACGCCACAAGUGUGAUUGGAACUCCAGAGUUUAUGGCACCAGAGCUUUACGAUGAGAACUACAACGAGCUCGCUGAUAUAUACUCGUUUGGGAUGUGUAUGUUGGAAAUGGUUACAUUUGAUUAUCCUUAUUGUGAAUGUACAAACUCCGCUCAGAUCUUCAAGAAAGUUUUAUCCGGUAUAAAACCAGCUUCACUAUGUAAGGUUAAAGAUCCAGAAGUAAUGCAAUUCAUCGAUAAAUGUCUAUUGCCAGCUUCGGAAAGAUUAUCAGCAAAGGAGCUUCUGAUGGAUUCUUUUCUCCAAGUGAACGGUUUAACUCCUUUACCGCUUCCGGACAUUGUAAUGCCGAAAGAAGGUGCGUUCGGAGAACGUUGUCUAAUGUCCGAAGGACCGGCUACUGCUCGAAACCGACCAUUGUCGACCGAUCUUGAUGAGGACGAUAACCUUCCUAUUGUUACUUCAAGCAGCAACGAUUCAGGAUCAAAGUGUGUUGAGGUGAGACGUGCAAAGCGGGGCAACUUCUUUGUCCUUAAAGGUGAAGAGAACGACGAAAACUCUGUUUCGAUAAUUCUUCGUAUAGUCGACGAAAACGGACGUGUGAGGAACAUUCAUUUCUUGUUCUAUCAAGAAGGCGACACAGCUUCCAAGGUGUCGAGCGAAAUGGUCGAACAGCUCGAGCUGACGGAUCAGAACGUUACCUUUAUAGCGGAACUGAUCGACAUGUUGCUCGUCAAUCUGAUACCGAGUUGGAAAACUGAUGUAUCUAUCGAUCAUCUUAUUCAUCCGCAGCAACGGAGCCAGAUCUCUAAGGAUCAUCAUCAUCAAAAUGGUGACUGUGUUCCUCAGUCUUUGUCCUCGGAUUAUUUCCAACGAUCCGAUGAUGAGGCAAACAUAGCUGGUGCAACAACAGGAGAUCAAGAAGCAGAGAAAGCAGGAAGCUUGGAGGAAGAAGAAGAUGAGGGGUUAAGAGUGGAGUUAGAGGAGAUAGAAGAACGGUUUAGAGAAGAGAUGAAAGAGAUAACGAAGAAAAGAGAAGAGGCAAAAUCCGAGACGAGAAAGAGACAUUUUGAGAAGAAGAAUGUGCUUCAAGUUGAGUGA